UAGUGAAGAAGGGUAGACCCUUCCCAGGGAGGAUCAUGGGUACGACACAUGGACGAGUGUGAGCUCUCUCGUCUCUCCUAUAUAAAGGGAGGACGCGCCUUGGCGCAAAAGCAAGCCCCGCGCGCCAAUGGCCAACCGAGCAGAAGCCGCCGCCGCCGCCGCCGCCGACGCGGGUGGUGACCGCGAGGCUCUCCAGAACCUCUUCCUUGACGUCGCGCGCGUGCUGGUGGUGUUCGGCGCGCUCGGCGCCACCUCGGCCGGCGAACCCGUGCUGGCGUUCCUCAGCCUCCUGCUCUGGCUGCUCGGCGUGUGGCUCCUCGCGCUGGUGCUAGUGCUAGCGGCAGGACGCUUCCCGCACUUGGCACUGGCCGCCACCGCCAUGGCCAUCGCCAUCCUGAAGAACUUGCUCGCCUUGUGGAACUAGCUUCAUCGGUCGAUCGAUUUGCAGAUGGUGAGGUAUUUACUAGAGCCUUGAGUAUGAUUUACCAAGUGAAUAAGGAGGGAUUGGACUUUCUUGCUUGCUAUAUAUCAGAGUAUAUAUGAUCAUAUAUAGCUGUGAGUUGUGACCUGGCUGUUCUCGCUCGCGUGGUUCGUUCAGUUUGAUGUAUUUAUGAUAUAUUUAAUCUGCUACGUAAACAUGGUUUCAUUUGCUACACGUGAUUUAUAUUCAUAAUUCGUAUGAUAUGGUUGCUUUAAAAA